ACACGCCUUUCUUGAUUCCAGUGGUCGAGACCGUGUUCUCGAAUAUCAAUGAACUCACAUCCGUAACAGCACAGGGCAAUUUUGAUGGAGUUGUCAUGACCAGCGCACGCUCAUGUGAGGCCUGACACAAGGCAAAUGGUGCAGCCAAGAACGGUACGUGCCGCAUUCACUUUCUCGAAUUUUGUUCUCAAUUUCAGCGACAGAAUGUCCGUUCUAUGUCGUCGGGAAGGCUACCAGCUCGACAUUCUCUCAACGUUUGAAGGAGAGACCGACGGGCCAUGGCGGAUCGUGUUCUUUGCACCGUCUGCUGCCGAAUUCAUUCUACCCUUUCUGAAGGAGGGGUUCGACGUGGAUUCAGUGAAUAUUGCUGUCAUUUGACCAACCACGCAUUAAUAUCAAAGCAAUUCAAUACAUGAAACAUUAUAG